UUUCUCUCUCUCUCUCCUCCUCUUUCAGAUUUGUGAGGUGAGUGGGAAAACGAAAAGGAGAAGGGAUAAACUUUGUGCUGUUGCUACCAUACCAUACCAUACCAGCUGCAGAAAUGGAAUUUCAAAGCAAUCAAUCGCGAGACAUGUCUCCCCAGAGGAAGAACAGUAGAGGAAAAAUUGAGAUCAAGCGGAUCGAGAACACGACUAACCGUCAGGUCACCUUCUGCAAACGCCGCAACGGACUGCUCAAGAAAGCUUACGAAUUAUCUGUGCUGUGCGAUGCUGAGGUUGCUCUGAUUGUCUUCUCCAGCAGAGGCCGACUCUACGAGUAUGCAAGCAACAGUGUGAAAGCAACCAUUGAGAGGUACAAGAAAGCAAGCUCCACUACAACCAGUGGAUCUACAUCAUCCGAAGCCAAUACUCAAUACUACCAGCAAGAAGCAUCGAAACUUCGUGCUCACAUCAGCAAUCUGCAGAAUGAGAAUAGGAACUUGCUUGGUGAAUCUUUAGGAGCUUUGACAUUGAGAGAUCUUAAGAACCUAGAGGGCCGAAUCGAAAGAGGAAUCAGCCGAAUCCGCUCCAAGAAGAAUGAGCUGCUGUUUGCUGAGAUUGAGUACAUGCAAAAGAGGCAGGAGAUUGAUUUACACCACAACAAUCAAUAUCUUCGAGCAAAGAUAGCUGAAACAGAGAGAGCACAAAACCAACAGAUGAAUCUGAUGCCCGUGAGUUCCGACUUUGAGCUUAUUCAACCUCAGCAAUUCGAUGCGCGAAACUAUCUUCAAGUCAAUGAUCUGCAAACAAACGGGGAGUACCCAAGGCAAGAUCAACCACCACCUCUUCAGUUAGUGUAA